AUGGGUCGUCCAGAGUUCGAAGAACCCCAAACAUUCGUUUAUCCUUCAAUUUACGUAUCCACAUCUGGUAUGAUAACAGUUCUAUUGAAAAGCGAUGUAUCCGUUGAAAUGACUAUUGACAGGACGCUGAGACUGGUCAAUCAUCAUCUAAAUAUGGCUGUAGCUACCAACAGUCGGGGAACGGCCAGUGUUCUACACACGCGCUCGGUAAAGGUGUCGCAAAAUAACACAACAACCGAUGCAGAGGUAAAUGCCGUUAAAGCUAAGAUGACUACAGAAUGUAUUCUAUUUGGCUCCGGAACCAACUGCUAUAAAUUUGACUAUAAUUAUAUUGAACCUGCAUUACCAAGAUUUACGGAUAUGUCUACUGAUAAAUCGGUUAAUCUUCUUUUCGCAUCAGAGAGUUAUGGGAGCACCCUUAUUCAGCAGUGUCUGCAUCUUGCGGGAACUGCAGAAUACGAGAAUCUUCCGAAGGGUGGAGUUAUUAUUCGAAUUAAUGGAAUUAAAAUUACCCAGACUGGAAGAGGAGAUGUCACUGUCGUUAGUGGUCCGAAGUUCAUGAAAAUUUCUCCUAGUGUGGGAUAUGUACGUCUGAAUACACAUUUUACAGAGAUGGCCGUGGAUAAAGAUGGGGUGCUGAGAAUGCGACGUGGUGACCACACCAUCAAUUCAUGCAAUGAUCGCGUCAUUUUAUCUAAUGGGAAAAUAGAGGCGGGUCUUGAUAAUGAGGGACAAUGA